UACAAAAAAGAUUUGGGAUCGGGAAACAAGAUCCAGUGGGAACAUGCAUCCACAACUUUUUUCUUUAAGAAAUUAUGUACUGACUGGACAAGUGCAUCCUGCCAAAGGAAUGCACCAAGAUGAUCGACAUCACCAAACCCAAACCCACACAACUUCUGACGUCAUCGCGGAUGUGGAUGGAGCGCCCGUACCGGAGCGUGCAGUUGCGGGCUGACAGAGGCCUGACACAACGAAAAUUGUGUUGAACACCGUACGGCUAGCUACACUUCUAGCUUGCUUGUGAUUUGCGGACUCAUUUGCCUGCAUAUAUUGUACAUAUCUGCAUACAGCACGGAUACGUUCAUAUGUUGUGGAAUCAUAGAUCAGGAUCGAAGACUGAGCUUGAAAUUUAGAUACUCCUAUUGUCAUGCGCCGUCGGGAUUGUUGAUGGGAUUCCAAGUGCUGCAGCGGGCGGAAGACUGACCUGCACUGAGAAAGCUUUGCAGUUUCUUCGCAGUCCAUUCCAUGGAUCGUCAGCAAAUUCUUAAGAAUGCAGCCUUUGUCGGGUUGCCUAGUCCCGUCUCCAGCACGCAUCAUCAGAUUCCUCAACAGAGCGCGCGUGGUCGAGUGCGCUUCACUCCUGCUUCAUGGGAUAAAUAUUUUGACACGAAACGCAUCGUCAAUGUGAAGGAGAACGCUUUCAGCAUAUUUGAGAAGGGUUCCCUCGGUCCAGUUCUGUACUUGAUUCAUGGAGGUGGCUUUUCCGCAUUAUCCUGGGCACUCGUCUCGAAAGCGAUUACGGAGCUCGUGGCUUGCCGCUGUGUUGCCGUGGAUUUGCGUGGACAUGGCGACACGAUCACAUCAGAUGAUUCAGACCUUUCCGCAGAGACGUUGAGCAAUGACAUUGCAGAUGUUAUUCGCACGAUUUUCCCAAACGAACAGGAUAGUCCGCCGAUCGUUUUAAUUGGUCAUAGUCUUGGUGGGGCAGUCUGCGUGCACGCUGCUAGCCGUAAUUUGAUUCCCAAGCUAGUUGGCCUUGUUGUGAUAGACGUAGUCGAAGGUACUGCGCUCGAAUCGCUGGCUUGCAUGGAGUCAAUCGUUCGUGGACGGCCAAAAUGUUUCCCAUCUAUUGAAAAUGCCAUCGAGUGGGCCUUCCGGUCCGGUCACAUCAAGAAUCCCGAAUCGGCUUGUGUUUCUAUGAUAGGACAGCUGAUGCCUAUGGAUUCGAGCUCCGUUGGGGAUAGUACGGAUGUUUGCCAGGCUGUUAGUGCUUGUGACACAAUAAUGGAAGAUGGUGCUCCUCCUGAGACCGACACUCCUAAAGAAUCCACAAAGACACUCAUCUGGCGGAUAGACUUGCUGAAAACGCAACCUUUUUGGCUCGGGUGGUUCACUGGAUUAUCGAAAAUGUACUUGGAAUGUCCGACUCCAAAACUGUUGUUACUCGCAGGUAUGGAUCGAUUGGAUAAGGAUUUGACCAUUGGCCAAAUGCAAGGGAAAUUCCAGAUGGUUGUUCUUCCUAAAUCUGGUCAUGCAGUGCAAGAAGAUCAGCCCGUGAAGGUUGCCGAAGCUCUAGCCACGUUUCUUGUACGGAACAAAAUCGUGGAAGCUGCGUCGGAAUUUCAACGAACGUUUCCGUGCUGUUAACUAUGAAUAGUGGAUCUGUGAUAAACUCCGAAAGACAGAACAGCGGAUCGGUUAGCGCAGAAAGACUAGAAAAAAGCACAAGCUGGGACGAAAGAGGACAGUCACUAAUUGUUAACCACCUUCCUUUACAGUUUAUAUCUACGUUUCCGCUUUGCCGAAAGUUCCAGCGGGUGCUCGGUAAUCAGGAGGAAAGUGUUCCAUCUGAUCAUCUGUAAAUGCAUACUUUGGAUAGCCAAUAUUCUGUAUGGUAUUUUCCCGUCUAGUCCCGUUUCUAUAACAAAUGAGAAAUUUAAGUUUUUAAUUUAGUGGAAAUUCCUGUCGAGUUCUUGCUCACUUUCUCAUUUCCUCCAGGAGUUCAGUUUGAGAAUCCGGAGUGAGCGAUGCGUACUGAGUGACCACCGUUAGCUCUUCCAGUGUAACGGCCAUAGCUGUUCUAUCUUUUGCGCUUUUACACAUUGUAAAUCGGAUGCCACCUAAAUGGCGUACAAGUUUUUCUGCACUUUGCAAUAAAGUCGUAUUUUUCGGA